AUGCGAACAGUCGGUUUGGGUGUGCACUUCAUUCACGGAUGCCAAAAGGUUUGCUUGACGGCCGCCAGCGCGCCGCAGCGCCGUCACAACGAGAUUACCCGAGAAAGUACCGAUCUCCUAUUCAUUGGCGAAGUUCACACCACUACGGCUGCUGCUACGUGUCCAGUGACUUCGUGUCAGAACUAUCUGUCGAUUAACAGCCGCCAGUUCAGGGCCGUUUGCGGAAUGGAUCCCGUGAUGAUCGAACAGUACCAGGUUCCGGAUAACUGCGUUGGUUUAAUUAUUGGAAGAGGCGGAGAAAGUAUAACGGCUAUACAGAACGACUCCGGGUGCCGGAUUCAGAUGUCGCAGUGUAGCAGCAACUUAUGGCACCAUAUCAAGAUCAUACUGGUAAAGAAAGCGAAAAGUCUUAUGGAAUCUAUUAUCACAAAGGCAGGAGAAAGUUUGCCUCCUUCGCGUUCUGCUGUCCUUAACAGUGCCGCUGGACAAGGCCAGAAUUUUUCUUCUGGCACUUCAACCGUUGUGUUAGGGCCAUCUUUGGGCGCAAAAAUGGUGACAGCAGAAAUGCUAAUUCCGGGAUCGAAGUGUGGAUUGGUAAUUGGGAAAGGAGGAGAAACAAUAAAAGGUAUUCAGGAAAGAGCCGGUGUUAAAAUGGUGAUGAUUCAAGAAAACAACCAAGUCUCUACGAUUCCGAAACCUCUUCGGAUUAUCGGUGAAUCGGAAAAAGUUGAAUAUGCGAAAAGACUUGUCGAGGAGAUCAUGAACUCUAAAGAUGAUAAAGUGCCAAUGUACAAUGAAUACGGUACUAUGACGGGAAACAAAAGUAUUGGCGAAGUUAUUGUUCCGAAGUCUGCCGUCGGGGUCAUAAUUGGUAAAAGUGGUGAGGCGAUCAAACGAUUGACGCAGGACACUGGUGCGAAAAUUCAGUUCAAACUCGGUGGUCCGUUCACUCAAGAUUUUAAUGCACCGGAAAGGACAGCAGUCAUUACAGGCACCAGAGAACAGAUAGAGAAGGCAACACAGAUAAUUACAGACAUGGUGAAAAGAGCCACGGUAUGUAGCUGA